GAGAUGAGGACCCGGAGUGUUUUCGAGAGGGCAGCGAUGCGGGCGCUCCUGCACGGGAUGAGGAGGAGGAGGCCUUCCAGAAUGCCUUCCCGCGGCUAACUACUCUGACGCACCACCUGAGUCAGCCCCUCACCACGCUGUGGGCGCCCCUGCAUGUGGACCGACACGAUGGGGCGGCAGCACCCAUGUUUGGCGUGCAGGAUGGCGGCAACAACAGCAACAAUAACAUCAACAUUAACAGCUCCGGAAUAACCGCGGAGGCCAACAGCAGGGGCAGGAGGUCGGACCGCGGCUCGGGUGACGAGCGAUCGGAUCGUGGCCGGAGCAGUAGCCGCGGCCGCAGCAGCAGCUACGUCGCCGGCGGCAACGGAGGCGGCGCCAGCAGUGUCGUAUCGUCUUCCGCGGCCUCUUCCUCGCUCACUUCCGUGCAGCGACCCACAGUUGUCACGCGAUGGUCUCCCGCAGUUCGGCGGCUGCGACCCGUGGGAGAGCAGCAACAGCAGCAACAACAGCAGUCGUACAAUCGUAACAAUUAUGGCAUGGGCCGUACGGCUGCCGGUCGCGACGGCGGCUCGUCGUCUACCAGCGGCGCGGGAGUGGACGUCCAAGUGGUGUUUGAGACGCACAGUCCGCACCCCGCCGCAGCUGUCGUACAUAACUUCCGGCCAGUAACGGCACCCGCCGCCGUCGGCGGAGGCGGCGGUGGCGGGCCGCGGCUGCCACUGGCUUCCGCUGUCGCCGGCGUAACGCCGUUCGGCUACGGCGUCGCCAAUGCGACGCGAGCCGUCGCCGGCGGCGUCGGCGGUCUGCCCAAUGGUACCCUCGCCGCCAGCAGCGCGGGCAGCGGCGUUUUGUCGCAGGGAGGUGGCGGUUCGAUGUCGCUACGGCCCUCCGCCGCCAACUCACGGCCCGGUACGGCGCCGCCGAGCCGUCAUGCCUCCGUCACCUCCGCCGUCGCCUCCGUCACCACCUCCCUCACCGUCCCGGCUGGUUCUCGAGCGGGUAGCAUUCGAAGCAGUGGCAACAACCAACUGCGCCCAUCCCUACAGCAAAAGCAGCGGGGCAAGGCUGCUACUGCUGCAACCGCCGCCAAUACGGCUGGUUCUCCUUUCACAGCUGCUACUGCUGCCGCUGCUGCUGCAGCAGCUACUGCCGUCCCCUCCUCCUCCUCCGGCCCCUCCCCCGCACCUGCCAUGUUGCUGCAGGUGGCUCAGCUGAUGGGGGCGAUCGACUCUGCCAAGUCCGAGCGCCUGCAACGAGAGCUCAGUGCCCUGGCCGCGCCGCCCUCCGCCACCGCCACCACCGCACCCACUCCUGCACCCGGGGAGAGGGGAGGCAGCCGGUCUGCAGUCCCCACCGCCGCCCCCUCGGCUGUAUCAUUCAUGUCUGCUGUGUCUGCACACACCUCGUUGCAUGCCAACGCGUCUCACGGGGACUAUCUGGCCGCAAGCACGAUGAACGCCGGGGGCACCAGCAACAACAGGCAGGGGGGCAACAGCAUCCGCCAUGCAAGUAGCAUCAAGGAUGCUAGCGGUGGUGAUGGCAGCAAGGCCAAUGCCGGCGGCGCUAAGAGCAUCAGCAGUAGCAGCAAGGGUGGUGGGUUCAGCUGGUCUCAUUCGGGUGGGGAGCAGCAGCUGCGGGAUUUCGAGGCUCCCCGCGUCACCAUUUGGGCUGCCGUACCUGGAUCCAAGAUCUCGGAUGGGCUCUUCCCCAUUUACCGGCUGGAGAGCGGCGAGGCCGUGCACCUCUACCGGCGCAGGAAGGACCGGGUGGAUGAGGUCCGACCCGCGGGUCUGCCGCAAACCUCGGCCCCCGACGCCAGCGCUGGCAGCUACCAUCGCGAGGAGACCGCCGCUCGCGACCUGCUACAACGCGCCGCCGAGCUGCCUCUGGAGCCCGACCACCCCGACCCCUCGGAGCCGCCCGCGCCGCCGCGACCCGACCCGCCGCCGCCGCCACCGUCGCCAGCGCUGUCGCUACCAGUACCGCCGCCCCCGACACGCGCCGGCACUUCGACACUGACGCCUGGCUCAGGGGGAUCAGCAGCCGCGGGGGCUGCUGCUGCUGCUUCAUCAGGAGCGGCGGCGGCUACUGGCGGCAGCAGUGCGGGGCCAGCUUCAGGAGCAGGAGCGGCAAGCGGGGCGGCUGGCCGCGGUGGUGGUGCUGCUGCUGCUACGUGUUUCUCGCUGGUUGGCUUCCUGGGGGGUGUGCGGGCGGCUCGGGAGUACCUGGUGGUGCAGGCGGCGCUGCGGCCCAGACUGCGUACCGGCCCCUGCUUCGACGCCACCACACCCUCCGGCUUCAAGCUCCCGCUGCCACCUCUGCCGCCGCUCAGCCUGCUCGGCCGCUCCUCCCCAACCGCUGUGUACGGGAACGGCUUCGAAACCCAACAGCCGCAGUUGUCUCUGUCGCUGCCGCUAGGGCAGCAGCAGCUGGGGGCCCCCGGGGGGCAGCUGCAGAAGGGACGCGCGGGGCCGGGGGGGCAGUGGCGGGGACUGCCCAAGAGCGUGUUUGGUGCGAGGCGCUCGGAGAACGACUCGCGGGGAUUCGUGGACCGGCCAGGUAUCGAGCUGGACAUCUUUGAUCGUGACUGGACGCGAGCAAGCACCCGAGCUCGCUUCCGGCGACUGCUAGCGGCCUAUUGCCCGGGCGGCCAACCCCAGGUGGAUGCUCUGCGCUCCCUGCUCCGCCCCCGCUACCCGCAGCUGCUCCGCGUCUUUGACUUCUACACCGCUACCGCCCCUCCACCCGCCUCCUCCUCCACCUCCGCCUCCACCUCUUCGUCCAACGCAGUAGCCACCUCUUCCUCCUCCUCCUCUCCCUCCCUGUACCACCUGAUACACCACCCGCACCACCCCUGCACCCUGCCCUGGGCCGCAUGGGCGGAGCUCCUAACCCAGGCUGGGCUGCUGGCAGAGGAACAGGCAGCAGCGGGGAAGGGCGGGCAAGCCAACAAUAGCACCAGCACCAGCACCACUGUACAAGACGCCAAUAAGCGGUCCAGCCCCGGUGCUGUCAGUACCGCUAAUGGUAAUGCCGCAGCGAGCGGCAGCAGCAACGCUGGCGGCGGCAGCGAUGCUUCCGGUCCCGAGACCCAUGCUGUCGUGCUGAGGUUGCGAGCAGUGGAUAUGGAGCGGGUGUUUGCAGCGGCGGUGGCUGCAGUGGAGGAGGGCGCUGGAGGCGGCGGCGCAGGGGGCAGUGUGGAUGAGGAGGUGGUUGGCGGAGCUCCAGGGGGAGGUGAGGAUGCUGCUCGGGGGCCGGGCAUGCUGCUGCUGCACGGCAGCCGAAGCGGUCCAGCAGGAGGAGCAGGAGGAGCAGGAGCAGGAGGAGCAGGAGGCGGCAACAGCGGUAACAGCAGCGGUACCAACCCUCGAGAGCCGCCCGCCGGGGCCUUAUCUCGGUCCCAGUGGCUGGAGGCGCUGAUCCGGACAGCUGCAGUGGCGGCUGGGUUGCGUCCCUGGGUGGCCCCCUCACAGCAGCAGCAGCAGCACCAGCAGCAAGGCAAGAACGCAAUGGAGGGUGAGGGUGAUGUGGAGAGCCAGGCGGGGACAGCCGCAGGCAGUGUGGCUACGGGAGCAACUGGCGGCGAGGAAGAGGAGGAGGGGGGUGCUGUGAGUGCUCGAAGCGGCGCAGGAAGCACCGGCACCCGUACCCCUAGGGCGGAUGAUGAUGCCGCAACUAGCGUUUCAACCACCACUGUCGCAACCACCGUAACCAACGGCGACUCGCCGGCUCCUCUUGGUGUGGAGGCAAUAGCAACCGCUGCUGCCGCCGGUGUCGCUGCUUCCGGGGGGCCAGCAGGCGGAGGGGGCGGGGGUGCUGGCGGCAGUCUAUCCAAGGCUGUGGCGGGUUCGGGUUCACGUGGCAAAGCUGGGGGCGCAACAGGGGCAGCAGCAGCAGGGGGUGCUACUCCCGGCAGCGGCAGCAGUGGUGGUGGUUUGAAGGGCGAGGGUGUUGCCGGUGCGCUGUUGGAGGCGCUGCGCCGGCUGCUGGACGAGUGCAUCCUGCCGGCUGUGCCGCCCGCUGCACUGGUUGACCCCAACGUGUUCCGCGAGCGGCGGCUCUAUGCGGCGGAGGUGGAUGAACUGCUGGAGCGGUACGCGCCGCUGACCAAGGCCCUGUACACCUACUACAAGGACAUUGCUCGGGACAACACCACAUCCGGCAACACCGGCAACCACGCAGGCGGGGGCGGUAACAACGCUAACAGCAGCGGUGGCGGCAGCAGUAGCAGCGACCGCAAAGGCCUCCACCCCACCGAGUGGUUGCAGCUGCUAGCGGAUGCCAAACUGCUACAGCCGCCACAACAGCGGCAGUACACUAACGGGUUGCUGCCAUCCAACCAGCAGCAGGGACAGCCUCAGCAGGGAGGGAGAGCCCCGGCGGGAUCAGCGGGUGCGGCGGGUGCGGCGCAGGGGUGGGGUUUUACUGCGCGAGAGGCGAGGCUGGCGUUUGUGUGGUCGCGAUUGAGGUGUUUCGACGAGCAGGGCGGUCGCGGCUCCAAGCAGUCCCGCUCCCGCUCGCUGUCGUACAUUGAGUUCCUGGAGGCGCUGGGGCGGGCGGCGGAGCUGGCGUGCAUGCCGCCGCCGGAGGACCUGACAAGGCUGGGUUUCUGGGGUCCCUCCGCCCCCUGGGCCUACUGGGAGGCGGUGCGUGUGGACCCGGGGCUCACACUGCCGCCCCGCCCCUCGGCGGAGGCGGCGGCACCCAAGACGCGACCACUGGCGGAGAAGCUGGGGCAGGUAGGGGGUCAAAGACCGUACCAAACCAUAGGAAACCACAGGGGUGGAGGGUGUGUGUUUUUGUGUGUGGUACAUCGACCAGCCGCGAGUAGGAAUGCAACUUAUCUGUCGGGGAAGGUGAAAGUCACCCGCAGAGAACGCCACGGCCAUUUAGGAUAGAGAGUCCUUGGCUGGUGCUGAGAGUACACUAUUAAGGUACACCUGAACACCGUACCACAUAGCGAGAGAACCAACGUCAAUCCUACCGCCCUCCUUUGACAAUGCCUCGUUCUCCUCACUCUUCACUCCUCUCUCCCUUCCAUCGUCUUAGUCUUCCUCAUUCUUUCCCCCUUCCUCUCCCUUCCCCUCCCCCCUCUGGCUUCCCUCCUUUCCCUCCUCCUCUCUCCCCCUCCCCCAUUCCUUCAGCUACUGGAUGUGGCGCUCCGCAACCUGAUGUCGCACUUCUGCUGCCCCUCACCCGACCACCUGCUCACAGCACUCAAGCAG